AACUUACGCUAUGAAGCGAUCGGGCGUUAAAAACCCGUAGUAAUUUUGCAAAUCGACCCAUCAUUAAACUGGGACCAAUAAUUAGUACCAUAUUCGAUUGUUGGUGCGUUCAAAGUCCACUGUGUACCAUCUAUUUGGUACCCGGGCAAUCGGCGACUUUUUUAGCGGCGGGUAGCCGUCGUCAUAAUAAAAAGCGUGCGAAUAUUGAUUUGCAAAAUGUAGUAAAUAUGGUUGUAUUUUGGCAACUAUAAAAUAUACUUCAUUUUCAACAACUUCGCUAUGCUUUUUAUUGAUGAGCUGAAGUGGGGAAAGUUUACAAAGGAUGACGGUUGAGUAUUGCUGUGUAAUUUUAACAAAACACCUGCGAUACAGUUGAUAACUAUCGCUUCACACCUCGGCUGGAAUGGACUGGCCUUAUUGUGGCUUUGGCAGCUUCGGCCAAAAUGAACUUUAUGGCGAUUUCGGCGGGCUACGAGAGGAAGAAGUAGAAGAACUGAGGUCGGAAAGAACCAUUAAAAGCGGCCUAAAGGUCAGAAUAAUGCUUUGUUGUUUAACUUAACGUCCCCAAAGGCCAAACAUUAUGUUCAUUUUCAUAGAAACAACAACAACAAGUAGUUGCUAUCUUUCUGUUCGUUUUGUAGUCUGCAGAAGAGAUUGAACGAUUGACCGUGGAUGAGAAUUUAACAGAAAUCGAGAGAGCUGUGCUUUUACUUAGGUAUAAUGCUUUCUUCAUUAAGUGCUUUUAUUUGACGAUGUCUUAUUAAUCUUUAUAUUUAAAUAUCAACCGAGAUUUGCGUUGAAGGCAAGAGAUUAGAGUACGGGAUGUCCCACUAUGAAACAUUAGCAUUUUUUAAUAUUUUAGUGCUUUUAGUUCGUUAUAUUAUUGAAUACUGCACAAAUUUGUGGUGCAAAACAUUUAACAACAUUUUCUAUGUUAUAUAUUCUCUUUGUUUCGGGUUGUUGAUUUUGCAAGUGAUUUCAGGCUUGAAUUUUAAUAAGCUUUGAAAGAAAAUGAUAGCAAAAGCAGUUAAUUACAGAAAUUGCUAUGACUUGUAUAAAUUAGCUACCAUCUGCAGAUUUAAAAAACAUCUCACUAAAUUCUACAAAAAAAUUAAUACACAUUGCAAGUUAAAGUGUUUUUUUCAAAUACUAUGCAAUACCUAUACCAUUGAGCAGCAGCUCUCUCCCCUUGACAAGUAAAAUCCCCUUGACAUUAAACAGAAGAAAAUAAUAAAGUGGCAGCUAGCCCACUUUAGCAUAAUGGAUUUUUCUGUGUUUACAUCAGACUUUUUUGGCAGCUCGCUAGCCAACAAAAUGUACCAGGCUGACAGCUAUAAUCAUGGCUCAUUGCAGUAAACAACAUACCUAUCCCAUGGAGGAAAUUGGAAGUUAAUCCCCCCCCCCCCCCCCCUACCCCCUUUGGAUGUCCUAAUGCACUUACUAUUAUCUGAUAUUUUUUCUCUCCUCCCCCUCCGGGCAGCAGAAAUUUCCUCUGUGUGUGUGGAGGGGGUGAAUCUCUUCUGGAACAACCAAAUAGAAUUGUGUUCUGAAAUAUUGCAUUAUUGCUCGCACGUACACCCAAUUGGUUAAGCAAGUGACUGAGCCCUGUUAAAAAUUUUAUUUAUAGGGGAAAAACAGGCUUACAUAACCAGAAGUCCCAAGCAAUGCAAAUGCCUGAUCUGGGCAAAGUGGGCUACGAUGGUUAAAUAGCCGGGCUUGCCUUGUAUCUAAUAUAUAUCCAACACCUUUGUAUUAAGACCUAGAAAAAUAUUCUGCAGUUUCAUAUCAUAAAAGUAGAUAAUGAGGUGUUUGCAGUUACGAUAUAAAGAUUGUUCUAACUUAGUCUUUACAACCAUUGGAAUGUAUGUUGUAACUUGUUUUCUAGUUCUGGGAUAGAAGCUCAAAAAGUCAGUGUUAUCAACAACCUCCCAUCUUUAUUUGAACAUAAUGCUAACGAUGCCAUCAAACAAGUUAUGCCUCUUGUUAGGGUAUGUUUUGUUCAAACGUUGUGCCUUUCACUUCUGAGAUCCAAGGUGGAACAGUGGCAUAGCCAGCCUGACCAUUUGGUCCCACUUUGCAAAUUUCAAUUCAUUAUUCAUUUCUUUAGAAAUUGAUUGUGUUGAUAGUUCAUAAACAUGGCAAUAUUAAAUAUAGCAUAAAUGUGCUGGCUAAACCACUGAGGUGGAAUACUGCUUUAUGGGUUAAAUAUUUCAUUUGUAUUUUAUUAUCUUUAUAUUUCAGGAAUUACUGUAUAUUGCUCCAGUUGAGAUACAACUUGUUGCCAGUAGAGUUUAUUGUCAUAUCAUUGAGAAUGGCUUGCUGCCAAUUUAUGCCUUUACUUCAACAUUUUUACCAACUAUCUUGAGCAACAUGGAAAAUAAGGACCCAGGUUGGUUUGGCAACUACUUGUAACGUUAACAAAUUAAAUAUCUACUAUCGGUACAGUACAUUGCAUUAAAAUUGUCUCAAUCUGUGAUAGAACUUUAAAUCAGU